GGCGGAACUGAUCAUUGUAUUGCACACCUCUAAAAAAAACACUGCCUCUGAUUUAUCAAUAUAAAAAAGAUCCUCUGAGAGGAGGAGGGCACUUUUGUGUGAUGGCAACUUCACUUCUAGGGGAAGAACCGAGGUUGGGAUCCACUCCUCUGGCCAUGCUGGCUGCUACCUGUAAUAAGAUCGGCAGCCCCAGCCCGUCUCCCUCCUCCCUCUCGGACAGCUCUUCCUCCUUCGGGAAAGGCUUCCACCCCUGGAAACGCUCCUCGUCCUCCUCCUCCGGCAGCUGCAACGUCGUGGGCUCCAGCCUCUCCGGCUUCGGCGUGUCGGGGGCCUCCCGGAACGGCGGCUCGUCUUCAGCGGCGGCGGCGGCGGCGGCGGCCGCGGCGGCGGCGGCGGCCCUGGUGUCCGACUCUUUCAGCUGCGGCGGCUCCCCGGGCUCCAGCGCCUUCUCGCUCACCUCCAGCAGCGCCGCCGCCGCCGCCGCCGCCGCCGCCGCGGCCGCCGCCUCCAGUGCGCCCUUCGCCAACGACUACUCGGUGUUCCCGGCCCCCGGCGUGUCGGGGGGCAGCGGCGGCGGCGGCAGCGGCGGCGGCGGCGGGUCCUCGGCGCACUCGCAGGACGGCUCGCACCAGCCCGUGUUCAUCUCCAAGGUGCACACCUCGGUGGACGGGCUGCAGGGCAUCUACCCGCGCGUGGGCAUGGCGCAUCCCUACGAGUCGUGGUUCAAGCCCUCGCACCCGGGCCUGGGGGCCGCGGGCGACGUGGGCUCGGCCGGCGCCUCCAGCUGGUGGGACGUGGGCGCGGGCUGGAUCGACGUGCAGAACCCGAACGGCGCGGCGGCGCUGCCCGGCUCGCUGCACCCGGCCGCGGGGGGGCUGCAGAGCUCGCUGCACUCUCCGCUCGGAGGCUACAACUCGGAUUACUCGAGCCUCGGCCACUCGGCCUUCAGCAGCGGCGCCUCCUCGCACCUGCUCAGUCCCGCGGGCCAGCACCUCAUGGACGGCUUCAAGCCCGUGCUACCCGGCUCCUACCCGGACUCUGCCCCAUCGCCGCUGGCCGGCGCGGGCGGCGCCAUGCUGAGCGCGGGGCCGUCGGCGCCGCUGGGGGGCUCCCCGCGCUCUUCCGCCCGCCGCUAUUCGGGCCGGGCCACCUGCGACUGCCCCAACUGCCAGGAGGCAGAGCGGCUGGGCCCGGCAGGAGCGAGCCUGCGACGCAAGGGCCUGCACAGCUGCCACAUCCCGGGCUGCGGCAAGGUGUACGGCAAGACGUCGCACCUGAAGGCGCACCUGCGCUGGCACACGGGCGAGCGGCCCUUCGUGUGCAACUGGCUCUUCUGCGGCAAGCGCUUCACGCGCUCCGACGAGCUGCAGCGGCACCUACGGACCCACACCGGCGAGAAGCGCUUUGCCUGCCCCGUCUGCAACAAGCGCUUCAUGCGCAGCGACCACCUCAGCAAGCACGUGAAGACGCACAGUGGCGGCGGCGGCGGCUCGGCGGGCUCGGGCAGCGGCGGCAAGAAGGGCAGCGACACCGACAGUGAGCACAGUGCAGCGGGCAGCCCGGCCUGCCACUCCCCGGAGCUGCUGCCGCCCCCCGAGCCCGGCCACCGCAAUGGCCUGGAGUGACGCGCGCGAGCGCUCAUGCCUCCCACCUGGCUGCGCCCAGGCCUCGUCUGCCCUGGCCUCGUCUGCCCUGGCCUCGACUCCAGCCUCUCUCCAUGCACCCUGCUCGCUCUCUCACUCGUUCUUGUCUCUGUCUUUCUCUCCCCCC